UGGGUCUCAAUAUUUUGUGCGUUGUGGUAAUCGCGUCUGGGACGAAAAAGUCCAGGAUAAAUUAAUAUCCUUUGAGUCUGGGACUCAUAAACUGCGUUGUGGUAAUCACGUCUGGGACGAAAAAGUCCAGGAUAUAUUAAUAUCCUUUGAGUCUGGGACUCAUAAACUGCGUUGUGGUAUUCGCGUCUGGGACGAAAAAUAGGCCAGGGAAUUACAUCCCUUUGAGUUUGGAACUCAUAAACUGCGUUGUGGUAUUCGCGUCUGGGACGAAAAAGGCCAGGGUGAAAUAAAUCCCUUUGAGUCGGCGAACUCAUAAAGGAAUAUUCCAAAAUUGUUUGUUAUAUGUUUGAAUGUUUUGGAAAGUGAAUGCAGUUGCUGAUGUGAAAAUUAAUGUGAAAACUGACUUAACUGUGUGACAAAGAUACUGUAUAAUUUUUGCAAACUGUGAAUAGAAUUUGUGCGUAAAAUGGCCGAAUUUCAGAAAGAAUGCGACGAAUACGGGUGUCCGCCAGUAUUGGUGCAGUGGCAAAAUGUUACAGAUAUGUUAUUAGCACAGGCAGAACCAAAAGAUAGAAAGCAAAGACAGAAAGAAAUUGAUAAGUGUUGGGUAGCAUUAUGUGAUGAGUGUGGAUGGGAAAGUGCAGAAAAGGUGAUGACUCCGUUAGCACCAAAAGUUAGAGAAAUGGAGAAGAAAGCACACUGUAAGUUGCGUAGACAUGUAGAGGAGAAAGAUAAAGUAAAGUGGUAUAAUGCAGGGAAACAUGGCAGUGAAGAAGACACCCUCAGGAAAAAACUAAGAAUGUGGACUAGAGUGGCGUUAACAACCACAGCACUCAGUUCACAGAAGACACAGGGAGGUGAGAGAAAAGGGGAAGUGAACAGCUCAAAAGUCAAAGAGAAAAAGAAAGAGAAUACAGGAAAUGCUCAGACUAGCCCCUCUGCUCCGCCCCCAGAAAAACCCAACCCCACUUCAUUAUACCCAACAUUAAGCCAUCCCCCUCCAUACGAACCGCCCAAACAGCAGGUAGUGAUGACAAUCAAUGGGGGAGAAAUGGAUGUCGACGUAGAUGACAUUACUGAUUCAAUGGAAAAACUACACAAAGAGGUUAGUGAAUUAAGACAAAUAGUGACCACUGAAGUAGGCAGGACAUUAAAGAAAGCAAAUCAAACCAUUCAGGAUAUAGAAAACACAAGACAUAGGCAGGAGAACAGGGAACAGCCAGAAGAGGAGGCCUCUCAGGAAGGAUCUCAGGUGAAUGACAGUGAAGGUACUCAGGAUAAUAUUAUACAUGCGAAUCCGGUACAUGCAUCCACUCCUAAAGCACAGUCAGGGACCCACACACCACCAGGCCCGAUAAAAGUUCAGAUUACAGGGGAUAUGACUGUAGAUGGGCCAAUAGCAAACAGGCUGAGAAGCAAAACGGGGCCGUGGGAAAGGGAGCUUGUUUUAUAUGGCCCAGGCAAUCAAUUAAUGGCACCCCAGAUACAGGCACCAUUGAUGCACAGACCAGGGGGGAAUCUUCAGUACCAGCCCUGGUCGCACAGUGACAUGACGGCAAUAACAAGUAAGUUGCCACCCAUUACCUCAGGAGGCAGCAGAUGGUUGAGUAAGCUGACAGCACUCAGCCAUGGCACUGACUUGGCUUUGGGUGACUUGAGAUGCCUGUUGGGUCAGAUACUGACAGCCUCACAAAUGCAAAAUUUAGAGCUCGAUGCAAAUACUACGUAUGUUGCAAAUGAGAUACCAUUUACCAGAGUAAGCACUGUUGUAAGCCAAACUCUUCGUCGACUAUAUCCCGUGCCACCAACCGUGUACCAGAAUAUAAAAUUCCGCAUUAAACCAGGUGAGACUGGAGCAGCCUAUUAUUUCCGUUGUGCUGCUGAGUGGGAACAAAUGGUGGAGGAAAACAGUUUAAAUAACCCCGUGACACGAGACAUAUUUAGAACAGCAGUAAUGACAGGAGCUCCAAAUGGAGUAAAACAGGCAAUGGAGAAUAACCCAGAUAUCCCAGUGGCAAGUAACGAGGUAUGGGAAAGACAUUUAGUGCACCACACAGACAGAGCAGUUGAAAGGGCCACUAAGGAAGAGGAGGAACUUGAAAGAGUUAAAACACAGCUGUUAAAGCUACAGUUAGAAAAAGCAAAGGGCGAAGGUGUGACAAAAAAGGCUAGACAAAUGCCACAGCAUGACCACCCCAGAGAUCCAUAUGAAGGGCCCCCAUAUAGUGGUUCACCCUUCGGGGGACCACCACAAGUACAGCAACACAUGACCCCACCAUGGGGCCAAGGAACAAAUCAUAGGCAGGGAUCCCACUGGAGAGGAAACAGAGGCAGACAGGGAGGACGAGGGAGAAGGGGGCAGAGCGGGACACAGUGUUACAUGUGCGGUGAAAAUGGACAUUGGGCAAGAAAUUGUCCACGAAAUGGGUCACAGACUCAAGGCCAAUACAGCGGUCCACCUGCGGGGGGAUGGGGUCCCCGAGGAGGUGGUUCCGGUGGUCAGGGCAGGGGACCACAGACCCCACACAACCCGGGGCAACACUUCCCGUCACCCUCCAACCUACAGGCGCCUGUGCACCCAACAUGGGGCCCGGAGGGUGGGGCGGAGGAAUGUUGAAGGGGCCCACAGAGAACCACCGUAAGAGGAAUGGCCGAACCUCUCAUGGAGAUAGUGGUGAGUGAUCGACCACUACAGGCUCUGGUGGAUACUGGGGCCACAUACUCUACUGUAACUAAGGGCACAAUUGAUAAUAGUGAUCUGACGAAUCGCACAGUGGGAGUAAUGGGGUUCUCUGGUGGGGUGGAAAAAUGGCCUAUGACCAAAUUGUUGAGAGUGAAAGUCGCCAAUCAGACAUUAUCGCACUCGUUUCUGUACUCUUGCAAUGCUCCCAUCCCCCUCCUAGGCAGAGAUUUAUUAAUUAAAUUAGGAGCUAGUAUUUUAUGUUCAGCUGAGGGAGUGAUAGUGAAAUUUCCAGAUGGAUCAGAAACAAAUUGUUCUCUUUCAGGUCACACCACAGACAGUCAGUGGAUGUUAACAUCAUGUGGUGAGCUAGAAGAUGCUGACAUAUAUUGGGUGGAGCUAGAUUUGAGUGUAGCCCCCAACAGUGUUGUGUCAAGGUAUAACGAACAUCGUCAGUGGAUCACAAACAUUGACAUAUUUCUACCACCCAUCGACCCAUUACAUUGCACGUUAUUUUAUGACAGGAAUGACACCACACAAUACCAAGAUCUGUUCCAGGAAAUAGAGGACAGCAAAUGGGUGUUAAGGGGAUCUGGUCUUAUGGUAGGAAAAGAAGGAGUAGUGGCACCAGUUCUAUUGACAGAAGAGCAGAUGAAAUGGUAUGAAAUGUCAGAUACAACAGCACCACAUAUCUCCUUAGCAUUGCAUCCAAACCAUGAGGCUAGGGAGCUAGGCAACAUGACUAAGAGACUGUUAGCAGCUAAUGAUUGGAAGCCCACAGAGAUGUGGGGUAUCCUAUAUUCAGAUACACAAAAAGCAUAUUGGGUGCAAGACCAAACAGAAGACACAGGGGUGUUGACACACAAACAGAUCUCUAGAUGCCAUGGUAGGGAGCAGACAGACGCUGACGGAGCAGAAAAUAUGAUUAACACAUUGCCAGACAAUUUAUGGUCCCAGGGACCAACAGAUGUGGGGUUUUGCAAUAUCAAACCUGUUAGCUUCGAAUUGACCACCACCACACCUAUUUGGGUCCCUCAGUACCGCAACAAACCAGAAGCAGAAGAAGGUGUAGCCACCACUGUUUCUGGACUGAUUGAUAAGGGAGUGAUAACCCCUUAUAGGUCCAAUUGGAACACACCAAUUUUUCCAGUGCCUAAACCAGCCACUAACAAGUACAGGUUGGUGCAUGAUUUACGUAACAUCAACUCCAUUGUAGCAACACCUACAAUGACUGUACCAAACCCAUAUAUUGCUCUGUCUAUAUUGACCCCAAUGCACCAAUGGUUCACGUGUAUUGAUUUGGCAAACGCUUUUUUCUGCAUCCCAAUCGCAGAGGAUUGCAAAGCAUGUUUGGCUUUUACAUACAGGGGCUGCCAGUACUCUUACAACAGACUACCCCAGGGGUUUAUUUUGUCACCAGGAAUUUUUAAUCAUGUUUUAAAACAACAGCUACAGGAUUGUAGCUUACCUGAGAACUGUGUCAUGAUCAUGUUUGUUGACGACCUACUCUUGGCAGCCACAACUGAAAAGGCGUGCCUGGAGGCUACCAGAGUUGUGUUGCUUCAGUUGCACAAGUCUGGUUUCAAGGUAAGCAAGGACAAACUGCAGGUGUGCAGACCUUGUGUUACAUUUUUAGGCCGAUUGAUCACGGCACAGGGAUCAACUUUGACAGGGACACAAAGACAGGGUAUACUCAGCCAUCCAAAGCCAACUACAGUGAAAGAUAUGUUGUCGUUUUUAGGCCUCACAGGAUUCAGUAGGCACUACAUUCCCAAGUAUGUUUCACUGACUACACCACUCAGGCAGUUGAUUAAAGAGCAUGGCAUGAAAAAUCUGAAAGCAGAACUUCAGUGGACACAAGAGGCUGAACGGAUGUUCAUUGACCUCAAGACACAGCUAGCUCAUGCUGUGCACCUGAACUGUGCUAACUAUGAGUUACCUUUUUUCCUGGAUGCCUCAGAAUCUGGCUCCAGCGCACAUGGUGUCCUGUUUCAGAAAGACCAAGGCAGGAGGAAAGUGUUGAUGUAUGCUAGUGUGUUGUUAGACUGUGUAGAGCAAAGACAACCACUUUGUUCUCGAUUUGCAGCGGGUUUAGCUAAAGUUGUGCACAAAACAUCACACAUUGUAAUGGGCCACCCACUGACAAUACUCACCACACACUCCAUCAUGUCAUUCGUAAAUUCAGCAUCAUUCACGUUUUCACCACUGAGACAGAGAAUAAUAGCUAAGAUUUUGACCAGCCCCAAUUUCACAUACACACAUGAAGGCAUUAAUAUGGCUGAUCUGAUGGGAGAUGGACAGCCGCAUGACUGUGCACCCAUCACCGAGAGAGCAUCCAAAGUAAGAGAAGAUCUGUCUGCAGUGCCAUUGACAACCCCACCGCCAGUUAUGACAUUGUUCACAGAUGGUUGUUGUUUCAGAGCAGAGGAUGGAAGUCUGAAGGCAGCCUAUGCAGUGGUUGAACAGUUAGGGAACUCAUUAGAGACGAGAGAUGCAGGGAAAUUGGAAGGAAAGCAGUCAGCACAAAGAGCUGAAAUGAUAGCAGUAACAAGAGCCCUCUACUAUGCUGGUGAGAACAGUGUAAAUAUUUAUUCCGAUUCCGCUUAUGUAGUGACAGCUGUCCAUGUUGAAUUGCCCUUAUAGCAGAGGUGUGGUUUUAUCACAUCCUCAGGUCGACCAAUCAUGCAUGCAUGCGAAGCCAGAGACCUUUUAGAGGCUCUGAUGAUACCCACAGAAGUGGCAGUAAUUAAGUGUCCAGGUCACUCCAAAAGUGACUGCCCCAUCACUGAUGGUAACAAUGCAGCUGAUCUAGCUGCCAAAACUGCAGCUGGCUAUGUAGCAACUCAGCAGGUGGUGAGAUCAGAAAGAGCCUGUAGUGAUCUUUUGCCCCGUUUCACUCGAGAAUAUUUGGUUAAAGAACAACAGAAAUCUGCCCCUGAAGAACAAUCAGUCUGGUUGCAGCAUGGAGGUAUAUGCUCGCCAGAUGGUCUAUGGCAAGCGCCAGACGGACGUCCGGCAUUGCCUGCCUCUCUGACCGGUUCAAUCUUGACUCAAGCUCAUGGGGUAAGCCAUGUGAGUGACAAGCAAAUGAUGAGAGCUCUCGAACAUUGGUGGCAUCCGUUUUUGCAGUCCAUGGUGUCAGGUCAUGUGACAAGUUGUUGUAUCUGUCAGGAACACAAUGUAAAACCCAGCAUCAAGCCUCAAAAAGGCUCUUUCCCAUUAACGUCUGGUCCGGGGGAAGAAAUUGUGAUUGACUUCACAGAUAUGAUUGCACGGGUACAUGGCAAACGCUAUGUUUUGGUGAUUGUUGAUUAUUUCACUGGUUGGCCAGAAGCAUAUCCUGUCGGCCGAGAGGAUAGUACGGCUGUGAUAAAGUGCUUAAUCAAUCAAUACAUACCACACUAUGGGUUCCCACGUCGUAUCAGAUCCGAUAACGGUAGCCAUUUUAAAAAUGAACAUCUGAAAGUGGUUGAACAGGCUCUAGGCCUCACACAUGCGUAUGGUGCCGUUUACCAUGCAGCCAGCCAAGGUAAGGUUGAACGCCUUAACCUGACGAUUAAACUGAAAUUGGCUAAAAUCUGUGCACAGACUACAUUGAACUGGCUGUCAGCCCUACCCAUUGCUCUCAUGUCUAUUCGUUCUUCUGUUAACAGGAUCUCUGGCUUUACACCUUUUGAAUUGCUUACAGGUCGUCAAUUUCCAGGCCCAACCACGGCGUUAAGAGAGGACAGCGUGCAGCCAUUGUCACAUACUGUGUAUUUUGAUAAACUAACCGCUCUGAUUCGAACCUUUUCCCAUCAGGUAACCCCUGUUCCAGCUGAGCCACUCACCCCAGUCACAGCUGACUGGGUAAGGAUCAGGACUUUCCGCAGAAAGUGGAGUGAACCACGGUGGUCACAACCCCAACGAGUAACAGCUCGCACCUCACACUGUGUGCAACUACAAGGAAAGGGAGAUACUUGGUUCCAUUUAACAUCCUGUGUAGCUUGUGACCCCCCUUCUAGGUCUCUUGCUGACACUGGUUUGGACCUGAGGACUCAGGUCCAAGAGAGGGAGGAUAC